GUCGAGCGCUCAGAAGCAGAUGAAGCAUCGUCACUUCGGGGGACGGGCAGGGGCGACGGGGGAGGGAGAGCGGAAAGGAACGUACUCGAAGCGGCGCUGAUGUAGGCAUGACGGUUCCCGGAUGUGAGACGCAUGGUGCGCCAGCGGGACUACUUAUGCACCGAUCCUUUCGGGGAGCAUCGAGCACUCUUCAACAACGGGAAGACGAUGGGCAUUGGAAUUAUACGUGGGCUGUACGUCUUCGCGGGGUUGUCGCGGCGCCCUCUACCAGCGCUCGGUCCCUGACCAGAUUUGAAUUGAUCAGCGCUUGCAGAAGUUCAGCAAGUCAGACUAAUGAAAGAUAUGGGUCAACAGUCAAGCGCCCGUGCUCUCGACAAGAUGAUGGUUCGGAACAAGAGAGGGAUUUUCAGAAAUUGAACCAGCGUGACUGUAGCCCAAUUGGUGCGCACGUGGGCCGUCACGUCACUGUUCCUCCUUACCAUCAACCGCCAUGAGCAAGACUAUAACUGAGGAGGAGAUCGAGAUUCCCGAGGCGCCCCCCGUCAUUCCGCAGGCGCCACGCCCUCCGAAGAAGCCUCGACCAGCGAGAAAGCAGGUCAAGCCCGGAGACAUCGACCGCAAAGAGACCGUACAGACGGGAAAGGAAUACAAUAUAUGGUACAACAAAUGGGCGGGAGGUGACCGGGAGGACAGCUACUCGAAGUGCGUGACACGGCCGUGCUCCUGGGACGGCUGCUAAUUCG